AUGGCCGACCGUGCCGAGUCCGCGAAACUACAACAAGGCUGCGCGCCACGUAAGGUGCUACACUUCAGCGACGGCGUGCUCCAGGAGAACAGCUCAGAAGAGGAUGAGCCACCCGUAACUGCGACGACUGUGGUGGACCCGAGGACGCUGCCGUGGGCACCGUUUCUGCUGCACUGGGCAUUGCAGCUGGGAACGCAGGCAUUGGCCGUAUGUGACUACCUGGGAGAGCACCUGGCCAACUGGUUCGGCAUUACGGCACCGAAGUACCGGUACGAGAUCGAACACGGACAAGCGGACGACGACGACGAACUAAAGCAGGAGCCUGGCUGGCAGCGGCCUGCAGAGUUGGUGCAGGUCACGGCACAGCAGCCGGCCCAACAACAGGGUCCGCGCUACUGAGUGUAAACACUCUUGUUCACACUGAGCACGCCGCGACUAUGGCACUCCAAGCCACCCGCACGCGAAAGUGCACCAACGCACACUUGACGGCGCACACCGCGGUUUGCACAUUUCUUUUGGUGGCUUGUCAAGAUGACGUGGUUGUUGCGCGUCCCAUUCUCAAAGAUGCCAAAGGAUCAAACUGGGGUACGAGUUUAGGAGAAGAUGAAUCUUGAAGGAAAGAAAACAUCUUUUGAAUACUUGUUGUCGCUGGAACCAACAUUUUGACAAGUCCGCUUGUCAAAACGUUGGCUUUAAAGACAACCCAUAUUCUAAGGGUAUUUUUCAUGCCCUAAGGGAUCGAAACGCAUAUAUUAUACGUCAACUGGAAGGCACAGAAAGUGUGUAGGUUGUAUUUAUUUAUUUAUAUAUAAGGCAAGCAUGCAUGCUUUGGUGCACCAAAAAUGUUCGUCCCGUAUGAAUGUUUGUCUGGCAUAAUACGUAUGUAAAGAGCAAGAAACCAGUUUACUUGUGGCUUGCUUGCUCAUAGAAUUCGUAGACUGUGCUUUUUGCAGUCAACUGAAUUUGAGAUUGUAUUGAACUUGAAUGCAUGUACGUACUCAUGCCUGGUCAGACUGGAAUAUUUUGAAGCUGUUUUCAUGCUUGAAAUAGUGUGUAGCUGGCUGCUGCAGUCAGUCAUCUUUUCUGACUUUAUAGGCUGUUAAUGCUUGUAGAAAUGCUUUAACUUGUGCUAGUUGAUCGUGCAUCCCUAUGCAAAGAUCUGGGUGCAAAGAAAACACUGUUGACACGGGGGCCAACUGACUCAAUUGUGUGGUUCCUCUUCUUGUUCUGCAGCCAGUAUAAUGAGUUGGUAGUUGGCAGUUUUCCUGUCUAAAGUGAUCUAUAUCUUCUCACCCUCCUAGGUGUUAGCACAAGUAUGUUAUUGCCUUUUGCAAGUCAAAAUGUCAGAUAAGCUUUGGAUUGCUUGAAAGGGUGAGGGUGUACAUAUUUCACAAGGGAGCUGACAUGCUAAGUACUAGCUCUUUUUCUUUGCACUGUCAUCAACCAAGUAGCUUGAUUAUAUUGUUUGCUAACUAGAAGAUGUUUCUAGCACAUAUGUCUGGAGUUUGUCCCAAACUGUGUGACGAAUGUUAUCAUAACAGUUUGCUCUUCUGCACUUAAUAGUUUGCCUUCUGCAUGAAUAGGAGGCAUUAAAUGACUGCACAGAGCGUACACUGUGCAUACUGAGUUAUUGGUCAGAAAAUCAAAUUCAUGUCAGUAGUCCCUUCAAGUGUUCGAUUGGCAACCAUUGCCACUAUUCUAGCAUGCUUGGAGUGGACAAUGAAAGCCGAUGAAGGUUCAAACUUGAUCUAAAGCGCUGCCUUACGAAAUUCUGCACGAUCUGCCAUCCACUUUGGAAUAAGCAUUUUUUUCUGCACAGCACAACAUGCUAAACUUCCAAUUAUCAGAGUGUACUUAAUGAAUUAACCCUCGUGUGAAGGAGACGAAGGUUGUGUCUGGUGUUUUGAGGCCACAUAAUAUGCAAGUAUUGCUGGCAAAAAAAAUAAUAAAUUUGUCAGGGUGGAGAGUUAGUAUAUGCCCCACAAACAGGACUAAUCAGUAAAGGACAAAGCAAACACAUGACACUGCAAGGGGUCAUCCCACACUCUGGCUGCUGUUAGCCAGCUGAACUGAGCAAACUGGCAUUCCAACUAUUCCAUGUAGAGUGAAAAGGAGUCUUUUCUAUUUGAGUGGGCAUAGAAAAAACUUUCAAGCAGGCACUGUUGCAAGUAUUACAUUCUGUCGGAAGUUGCCAUGUGCUAUCAAAGAAGUGUUGUACGCAAAAAAAUUUUUAUCGCUUCAAUGCCGUGGAAAUCAAAAUGUGCUGUUACUGUGCAGUUGAGAGCCGCUGUCAACAAAGACGCAUCCUUGCUUCAGAGGAUCUUGUUCUUUUUUUUUCUAGACAUCUCAUCAUUUACAUUUCUACAGGUUGCUGGAGUUGCUGACUGCAGUGGCUGAGCUGGUAGUGACAUUUUGUGGCAUUUUGUCCAAUUAUGGCACCUUUGAAAAAACAUUCAGUUGUGCCGGUCUCCUCGUCAUAACAAUUAAAGAAUAACAAAUCUUCUCCGAGUUAAUGGUUAUCCGACUGAUAAUGCUUUACAUUAAUAGUUAUCACUACAAUAUUAGCUCUCUCUAUGUCUGGUUAGGUCCUGCACCAACAGAGGUCACUACCAGUGUUGCCUAUCACAUGUAUAUUUCCGGUAACUCAUGAAAACUUGCACAUACCUCCUCUGCAUUCUACCAUGUGCUGUAGUGAAGGUUGUCAUGUUGGCAUAGGUCGGCAACAAAUGCAGAGCUCACUCAAACUCGCCUAGGAAUAUAUCUGCCAUAGGGUUCACUCGGACUCGCACUCACCAGAGUUUUCCUCAAGGGGACUCGCUUAGACGCAUGGCUAGCUCCGAGACUAAGUGAGUAGAAUUCAGAGUCCAUUAAAAUUUGACUAACUUUCUGACCACUGUUUCAAUGCUCUUUAAUAGCACUAUCUCGCAUAACUGGUGCUCUACUUGGAAUCUUUUGAUCUCUUAAGUUUACGUAGUGGUUGUAAUUUAAUAAGUAGAUUUUUGUCGAAAGAUGACUCGCAAUAUAUUUUUACGAAGAACUGCCUGUGAAAGAGUUUGCAAUUAGAAGGUCAAUACAGCUCCCCCCAGUAACUCAGGCCUGUUAAAAAUAUUGCUGAGAUGGUGCAUGAAUGCCGUACGUUCAUGUAUGAGUAGAUGUGUAUAAACAUGAGCUGGCAUGCGGCUAAUAGUAAUGCUGAAGUUGAGCAGUUAUUACCACAGGUCAGCACAAGCAUAUGGAACUCACUUAGACUCACUGACGAAAUAUAGCUUGCACUUGGGGCUCACUCGGACUCGCCAAAGUUUUCUUCACCUGAGCUCGGACUCGCUAAAGUUUUUCUCAAUUGUACUCAAGACUCGCGGCAAUCCGAGUCCGAGUGAGUCAACUCAUGGGUGAGUUUGCUGACCUAUGCAUGUUCGUAUGACAAGCUGCACUCCAGUUUCUUUUCAUUUUCUAUUUGGCUUCAUGGUACAUUUAUAUACUAUGCUUGGGUCAUGAUCAGCAAUCUUGCAAUAAAUUCAUGUUUCAUAGUGCAAUUUGUAGUGUACACGUAUCCCGAAGGAGUACGGCCACUAGUGUGGGUCUGUUCUUAGCAAGCUGCAAGGCACGUGUUAACAGUCUCUGUGGCAAGAACUCGGUACUGCUCAAGGUCGAAACACUUUAUUGUCUGCAGGCAACACCAAAACGCAGUACAGAGCCCGUUGCAAAAAGCGCGGCGGGAUGGCAAAUGGGCUUAUCUACGCCACGGACGAGAAGUACUACAUAGGAGUGCCGCGAGUGCGUCUCCGUGGACAAAAGUGAUUCAUGGUAACACGGGAACAAAGGCCUGGUUGCUCGAGCGAUGGCAAAGGCGCUCGCGUUGGCUUCAGAGAGAUACGGGUCGGCAUAGCCUGGCCACGCACUAGGACACCGCACCGCUCUUCGGCCCAGCGUUCGAAGGAGGGGCGACAAAACGUAAGCGUUCGCUGCGAGCUCAAGGCGUCUUUGGAGAGGUCCGAACGAGCCGCAAACAAAGGGAGCCGACGGACGCCAAAGAAAUGCGUGCUUACCCCUUGUCGUCCCGGUGAAUUUCUCCCUUAGUCUCGAUGCACGCGCGAAACAUCCAGAGAGACUCCGCGCACGGCGCCUUAGUUGACAUCCGCUACUGGGUGUGAGGGGUUAAGCGUCAUUCCCCGCUUUCCCAACGCGGCAUACAACAGAGGAGGGCAGUCAUGUCGGGACACCCGAACGCAGAAAGAGGCAGCAAAGCCCGCGGAAAGGCGGGGGGCUAGUCUUCUAUUCCCACAAAUUGUACUCUCGCUCGAAAAUGUCACUUUCCCAAAAGACAUGCUUGCAUGUUUCUCUUUUAAAUGCAGCCGUUACCUCGCCAGGGAGCUGUUUAAUUCUUUGCAAAUUCGGUCACCGUUGCCUAUGCACUGCUCUUUUGUUUACAAUGCUCUAACUUUGUAAUGAGUGCAGAGGGUAUUAUAAUCCAAAAUAUUAGUUGGAUUAUUAAAGUAAUCCAAUUAAUAUCUAAUUACUAUUGUAAUUGAAGUUUUUGUACAGUAACAUUUUAUGAAUUCUUGGGGAAUACACAUUUGCAUAAUGGCCCUAGGAUACAUGAGAUCUGACCUAGUCUUAUUUCUUAUAGAGUGGCGCUUGGGAUUUCUGGGGUUUGAAGUUACCUCAUAUUAAUAAUGAGGUCACAUUAUAACAAUUCAUGCAGCACCAAUGAGCUCAAUAUUCGUGUAGUGCUGUUGACUACUAGAAAGCUGCCAGUCUUUGCUAAUUCAUUUGAGUAUCUCUACAAUGCCCAACAUCUCUACUGGUUGGUCAAUGCUUAUCGAUGCAUCUUCUUGACUAGACUAUGGCACUGAUUUAGAGCCUUUUUGCUGCCUUAUACUCCUCACUUUAUUAAUGUUGUACUCUGUAACGCAGAGCAUUCCAAUUUGGAAUUUCAGCAGUGCUGAACACGUGCAAGAAGUAUAUUUUUUUUAUAUGCUCACUGCUUGUUGUUUAUGCCCAUGUUCUGAAUAAACAGCUGCAGAAACGUG